GACAGCAAUGACAGAGCGGCACUCAAUACCAUGUGUAUUGUGUACCUAUAUUAUAUAGUUUCGCAACUAAUUUUGUUUUACAUACUUAUGAUAAAAAAAUCCAAAACGAAAUAGCAUAUGUAAAUUGAUUUUUACUAAUUUAUAUUUUAAUUUCAGUGAAUUUUAUACUGUAUUAAUUUACGCGUGUUUGGGCUUGUCCCAAUAUUUUAAUCAUUAUGGCUACUUAUCCAAGAACCGUCCCAAAUAUUUUAAUAACAGGAACUCCAGGAGUGGGUAAAUCAACAGUUUCCCGUUUACUAGCAGAGAGAAUCAAAUUUAGUUGGAGAGAAGUUUCAAAAUUGGCUGAAGAACAUAAUUGCUUGGAUGAGUAUGAUCCAGAAUACCAGUGUCCAUUUUUGAACGAAGACAAGCUACUGGACAUCAUGGAAGGCAUGAUGACCCAUGGUGGUAACAUUGUGGAUUACCAUGGCUGUGACUUCUUCCCUGAGAGGUGGUUUGAUGGAGUUUUUGUUAUAAGAACCAACAACACUGUACUCUAUGACAGAUUAACACAAAGAGGCUAUACAGGUAAAAAAUUAGAGGACAAUAUACAGUGUGAAAUAUUUGAAACCCUACUAGAAGAAGCACAGGCUUCAUAUAAACCAGAGAUUGUAAAGGAGUUACAGAAUGACACCACAGAACAGUUGGAAGCUAAUGUUAACACAAUUGUUGAGUGGAUUGAGAGGUGGAAAGAAGAGAGUUUAUAAUAAAUAAUUUUGUACAUAUA